CUGGUGGAGCGGUUUAAAGUAAUUUUUAACACACAAAAAAGUUUUAAUCUGUAAUUGAUUUAUAAAGGAAUUUUGAUAUCUUAAUACUAGUAUUAUCAUAUCAUGCUUAGGUUGAACAAAUUGAACUCAGCAACAGACGACCAGAACUUCAGGUUAGAAAAACAUGAGAAAACAGUUGUUUUAUUUUUGUUUAUAGUUUGAAUGGGUUUUUGCACUGUCUUGGGCCUUUAUUAUGUACAGCCCAAACCAGAACCAGCACAAGAAUCCAAGAGUGGCACGAAGCUUAGUCACACAAUUAUUAUCAAACCUAGAGAGCCAGCAACAUCUUUAGUGGAGAUUGUGUUAAAUGCAUUCACCAUACGUUUUGGCAUUAGCUUCACAUUCUGUCAAAUGUUAGAAAUAAUCAAGAAGCAAUUGCCCAUUAAUGCAUACAACAUACAUAUACAUGAAGUGAUGCAGAGUAUUAACUACUUCAUCUCCACAACGAAGGGUCUUUUUUCAUCAAUGUACAACUUUUAUCUAUGUAAGAGCUACAACUCUUCUAAUCGUCUUUUUAAUUGUAAUCAAGUGCAACUCUUGUAAACCACUCAAUGAAAGAUAGGAUCUUUUGUUGAGAUAUGACUUUUAUGGGACAAAAAAAAAAUCUAGAAGCGAGUUUUUUUUUUUCCCCAUUUGGGGACAAUUGUUACCUCAUCACUUAACCCAAGAGCAUCAUCAAUUGCCAUUUUCAAGUUUAUUUCGAUACAUAUGAACUCCUCUAUGGCUUCUGUUGCACGGAAAUCGUUAGCUGAGGCCUCCUGCCCAAUCCUUGUCAUCAGUACUUUUGGAUAAUGCCUUGUUUAUUUCGUCUAUAACAACUUCUGGGAUCUCAUCCCAGCUUGCGGC